AUGCCACCUGAGUCUUUCGGCGAAACGCUCCAGUCUCAUUUGCCCUCGUCACGAGGACAUGCUCCCUUUUUAUGCAUGAAAUCGCAUCGGUUCAGCCUCCCUCGACUUGGCGGCUCUUUCUUCUCGUUCCACCUACUUGCGACUCGACAAACAGCUUCGAGUAAACUCCUAUUCUCCUUCACUACGAUUGGCGAUGGUAGCCCAGUUUCCUUCUUGUUCUGCUUCCUUUUCUUCGCCGCCCGCCUCUUUUUCCUCCUUCCCCAUCCCCAUCCCCUUCCCAUUCUCCCUACGGCUGUCUUCGCCAUGGUGACCGAGCACAAGGAAGACAAGAGACUGGGAUCUUUUAACAAGGACACAAAGCUACUUCAUUUCUCUAUUUUUCCAGCUGUAUCGGCUUCUGCAAAUUGCCAACAACACCCCUCCUCCUCUCUUGCCUCUCCUGUUCUUCAUCUCUCUCUCUCUCUUUCUCUCUCUCUCCUUCUCUUCACUAUUUCCAUUUAUAGCCUCGUCACGGUCUGCCUGCCAGUCGAUCUAUUUCUGUCUCGAGCCCACUAACUCACACGCCGCAUACACACACAGCCACAGCCACAUCCAACCGACCAGCAGGCAAAUCAGGAAGUACUUGUAGCAUCGGUUGAGAUCACGUCGGUCGCUCCACCACCCGGCCAAGAAGUUGCACCCCGGACUGAACCACUUCUGGUCGCGGCCGUCACAAUGUGCUCAGUUUUGAGUGCUAACAACAACAGCAACAACAACCAACAGCUGCGCUAUGUUGCCACCCGCCCUCCCACUCAUCCAACCAUCCAUCUAUCACUUAGACAACAGCUAAAGCGAUUUGGUGCAAUGGCGAUGUGA